GUUUACCUGCUGUGAAACAAGCACAACGAGAAAAACAUUCAGGCUGAAAGUAGUGAAAAUUUUUGCUAGUCACAAUCGUUUUUUAUUUCGAACGAAGAAAAGGUGUAGGUGAUAUUCGUCUGAUUCCCUGACCAAUCAGGAACCAGGAGCUAUUUUCCGGACAUUGAAAGUGCGUUGGUUGUAACUGUAAGACCGAAAAAAAUGUGACAAAAUCAAGCCAUUUGGAUUUAGUUCCCUAUAAGUGUUUACCCUAAAAAGUUUUAUUGGCAUUGAAAGGUGUAUUUUUAUGUACCAUCUUUGAGAGAAAAGAAUGGCGAAAAACGACUCUAGAAGCUAUGACACACUGACCAAUCAAGAUACGAAUCCUUUUAACGACGCAAAUAAACGAUCGCCUACCAUCGACGAGGAGGAAACACCUCAAAGUAGUGGGCUAACGAUUCAUAUUGUACCGGAGACUAGCAAGGCACGAUGGAACCACAUCGAAGAUCUGGAUUCAUUUUUUACCCGUGUGUACUGCUACCACCAAAAGCAUGGAUUCUACGUGAUGAUGUUGCAGAAAGUCUUCGAACUAUUCCAAUUUAUGUUUGUCGUCUUGCUGAUUACAUACAUGAUCAAUUGCAUUGAUUACGGUGUUCUAUUCAACGACAAAAAUAUAAAUCACACAAAAGUCACGCUUUCGGAUGCCAUGCAGACACCGGCUGAGUGUGCUCCCAACCUAGGCGCUAUCGACUGGUUGGUAUUGAUGCUGGCCGGUUUAUUCUGGACAUUUCGAUUGUUCAAAUUUUUCUACCACUUUGUCCAGUUCUGGGACAUAAAAUUGUUCUUCAACACAGCACUGAAGAUUGAUGAUUCUGACCUGGACAACCUUACCUGGCACGAGGUCCAGAAACGGAUACGGGAGGUGCAGUCUGAAAUCCAGAUGAGCAUCAAUAAAGAGCAACUGACUGAACUUGAUAUCUAUCAUAGGAUUUUGAGAUUUAAAAAUUAUAUGGUUGCAAUGAUGAACAAAUCACUUCUUCCAUCUACAAUUCAGCUGCCAUUUCUGGGGAAUGUAGUCUGUCUAAGCCAAGCGCUACGCUACAAUGUAGGGUUAAUUUUAUUUUGGGGACCCUGGGCACCGUUUGAAAAUAACUGGCAUCUGCGAGAAGAAUUCAAAAGGUCCAACAGGCGGAAUGAGCUGGGCAACCGGUUAGCGAAUCAGAUUUUCUGGGUCGCAAUUACGAAUUUCAUCCUAUCGCCGUUUAUCUUCAUCUGUCAGUUGAUGUAUUUCUUCUUUAAUUAUGUUGAUUUAAUCAAGAAGGAACCUGGCACGCUAGGAAUUCGCUGUUGGUCACAGUAUGGAAAGUUACAUUUGCGACAUUUCAACGAGCUGGACCAUGAACUUGAAGCACGGCUUACCAGAGCUUACAGACCAGCUGUAAAAUAUAUGAGCUCGUUUUCAUCCCCUUUGCUGACGGUUUUUGCCAGGAACAUAGCUUUCGUAUGUGGCGGUGUAGCUUCGCUGAUAUUUCUUCUGGCCGUGUAUGACGAGGAUGUGCUGCAAGUGCAGCACGUGUUCACUAUCUUCACGGUGCUGGGAGCGGCCAGUGUUAUCGCUAGAUCGAUGAUCCCCGACGAAAAUAUGAUCUGGUGCCCUGAGCAACUCCUGCGUAACGUGCUAGCCCAUGUGCACUAUUUACCGGCAUCAUGGCGUGGUUAUGCCCACACUUCAAUAGUUCGGGACCAGUUCGAGCAGUUUUUUCAACUGAAAGCGAUGUACAUCGUAAACGAACUAUUCAGCCCAUUUGUGGCUCCGUUUGUGUUGCUAUUUGUGCUGAAACCGAAAUCCCUUGAUCUGGUGGACUUUUUCCGUAACUUUACGGUUGACGUCGUCGGAGUUGGUGACGUUUGUUCCUUCGCACAGAUGGAUGUUCGCAAGCACGGAAAUCCCGAUUGGCAAAUUACAAACAGCGCCAUCGCAAGAGACUCGAAUGAGGCGGUCAAUGCGCCUAUCCAGGAUAAUAAUCAGUACACUCAGGGUGAACAUGGUAAAACAGAACUCUCGUUGGUACACUUUACGCUCACCAACCCAACGUGGCAGAUGCCUGCGGAGGCUCGUCAUUUUGUGCAGGGUAUCAAGCGUCAUGCCCUGCAAGAUCUUAACCGACAGCGGGGUGUGUUGUAUGGAACAACCACCACGGGUAAUGCGAUGGCACAGAGCUUACUCUCGAUGGAAAGCCUCGGUGAACAGUAUCAAUCGAUCAUUCAUCCUAUACUGCAAACUCACCAUCUGUCGAAUUCGCAGCAGCUUGGCUUGUCAAUGAAUUUAGGUGAAUUCGGCACGCCUCCAGUUACUCAACACAACCUGCAACAGUCGACUGCAGGACAGUCACAUUAUCAGUACAAUUCACCGACUUCGUUCGAUUUUGAACGAAUGCUGCAGCAGAAUCUCACCGAUGCCAGUACUGCUGCUCCCCUGAAGAGUACUUUCCUACAUAAUAUCAACGAAAACGACGACGACGAAAAUGGUUUGGGUACAGCGGGAAGUCAGAUGCACCCAUCUAGUCUAGCAGCCGGGGGUGCAGGACUUAGCGGGUUCGAUCCUAGGACAAACAUGAGCUUUAGCACCAGGGGUGGCAUGAGUAGACGAGAAGGUCCUGUUGAAGGAUCACGUAAUGGGCUGCUGUCUAGUAUAUGCGGAGACAUUGCAGCUUCUCAUCCUACUCCACACGAAGUAACGGCGGCGGACAUGUGUCUUAGCACUUUGUACCUUCAUGAGUUGCAUCACAACCAUAUGCGACGGCGCUGUGGCAGCUUGCGCACUGAACAAAGCCAACGGCAGCAAUGGCAAAGACCUCAUCAACAGCAGUCUCCUUCGGUUGUCUUGCCGGGAGUUAGUAGCUCUUCCGCGGGUAACACUACGGCAGCUGAACGCACGCCACUGCUUGGCAACAAAAAGUCAUAGCAACAGGCCGAGUGGGUCUAAUGAAGCGAGAUUUUUUCCGUGUUUAGACUAGUUUCUGUCUGAUUUUUUUACAUAAUCUUUAGAAAUUGACACCGUGAUACAAACAACACAAUCGGCCUAGUCAUUGCCGAUUGUGUUUUAGAGGCAGUUUCAAUGUCUUGAUAGAUAUUCUUCGGUGGGUAACGAAGAGUAUCACACUAAAUGUUCCAUAGACGUUUGGCAGCGUAAACGUUCGAAUCGUAAUUAGUUUAGGUAGGGAAAAGUUUUAUUUAAUUAAAACUACUUAUUCGCACAUAAGCUGGUGCGUGGACUUGUAGCGAACAAUCAUGCUAUCGGUUGAUAAAACUUUAUUGGACUACGCCACUUUUGUAGCUUAGCCUUGACCCUACAAUCCCUUCGCCUUCGGUUUUGACAAACUUCGCAGUCGAUUGCAUGACUAUAAGGCUACGAUUAUACUGACGCUGUACAUAUUGUUUUAAUCAUCCCGAGCGAACUCUGAGCAAGUUUAAAAUAGAUUUAUAUAGCGCUAUCUAGUUAGUCUAGGUUCAAGAGCUCAUUGCGUAUCUGCAUGACUUGAAGAAGCGUAUUAAACGCUUUUGUAAAUACCUAAACCUAUUUUCAGCAUCUACAAGUGACAAAAACCAGUACGAUAGUAAACUAUUUUGAAUUUGA